CAUAAAACCGAAGAAGAAGCAGAGUUUGUAGGCAUCAAUACGCUUGUGUUUCGUCUAGUUUUCCGCAAAUCGCGUCAGAAGAAGAAUUAACACGAGGUCCUUUCUGUUUUCAGUCGUAGAGCUACGAGGAAGGCACAGUUUACUUUCUUUCGUGACACAAGGUUGAUGAGAAGAAUUUUAGAAAUAGGCUAAAUCAUUGAGAUAUAUAUCCAUGGGUAAAAUAGCAUCAUUUUACAACCUCCUGCUCAGUAGGUGGCGGUGUGCAUAUAAAAACUUCACGAUCCACCAGUAAACUGAAAAAGGAAGACGGAAAAUUUCCGGAUGUAAUUUUACAGCGACACAGCCACCAUGGACUCUGUAUCGCAGCGUGUUUUGGAGUAUUUGACAGAAGUUGAGGAGGGAGCUGAGGAAGUUCUCACCAUUAAACAACAGAUUGUGGACUUGGACAGCAGGAGAAACAGGAACAGAGAGGCGUUAAACGCAUUGAAGACUGAAGUGAGUGAAGAGAAAGUGAAGGUUUGCUUCGGAAACAUGUUCAUCAAAUUUCCCAAAUUGAAGACGAGAGAGAUGAUUCAGAAAGACCAAGAGCAGCUGGACAAGGAGAUAAACGAACUUCGCAAAGGACUGAAAGCAAAAGUCAAUCGUCUAAAUGAGAUGCAAGGGAAACCUGAGCUGAGAGGCUACAGUCUUUCUCCUCUGUCCACUGAUGAAAUCAAAGCUAUUAACAGCCUUUUCAAAAGAUGACAUCACAUCUGCUAACUGCUGAAUAUUUCUGGGGACAUAAGGACAAAGAGAACAUGACAGGAUGCUGAAGAGCCUCGUCUGCAACGCUCAGCUGUGCAGAAGGGACUGUAGCUGCUGACCUCUGGACCAUCUCGUGACAGAUUAGCCUCCUGGAUGAUUGACAUCUUCAUCUGCCUUUUAUUUUUUUGUUUUAUUCUUAUCAAAAUUCUUAUUCUAGGUCUAAAAUCUAUAAAAGCAAAGUUAAGACAAAGUGUAUUUAGCCAUUUUCAGGAAGUUCUCAUUCAGAUACAAGAGUCCUGGUCAAGAUGGCAGCAAAAGUAGUUUGACACACACACACAAAGUCACAUGUUCAAACACAUGCAAUACAAAGAGUCAUCACAAGUAUGCUUUGAUUUGCUCUUUCUUCUCUGUUUGUUGAAUCUAUUGUGCCAUUGGACACAUUUUUAGUGAGGACAGGACAGGAGGACCUCAGGCCACCAGGUGGCAGUACAGUGCAUGGUCCUCAGUGUUCACACACCCUGACACUAAUGCAGCUCUGCUUUCUAACACACACCACAAUUGGCUCUUUGGAGUUUAAACUUUGCAGAUGUCCAAUGUGCUUUUCAGUCCAUAAUGUGAAAUGUAUGUUUUUAUAUUGUUUGAGGUUUUUUUUGCAUUUAACUUUAUUUACCUUCUCGUCUCUGAAUAAAUGUAUUUAAUAUA